AUGCCCGGACUUAAAGCAAAAGAUCUCGUCGGCCUCUCCCAGGAGGACCUUCAGCGCAAGUUGGCAGAUCUCAAGCGCGAGCUGCUAAGCCUCCGCACAAUGAAGGCCACUGCAGGCCCAGUCCCGGAGCGCAUUGCCCGUUUCCGUGUCUGCAAGAAGGACGUCGCUCGCGUCCUCACCGUCAUUAAUCAAAAGGCAAGAGACGAGGCGCGCGCCGCGUUCGAGGGCGCGGAGCACAUUCCAAAGACAUUUCGUCCAAGACUGACACAUGCCAUGCGCUGCCAACUGACAGAGAAGCAAAAGCGCCUCCUGCCAAGCAAGCUCAUGAAGCGCAAGCUCCAGUUCCCGAAGCUGAAGUAUGCUGUAAAGGUCUGA